AUGUCAGUGAACGGCGAGACAGUUCAACGACUACGUUCGUGGGGUGAUGGCUGGAGUAGCGUGGAACAGUCUGGAGCUCAUGCCGCCGCUGUGCUACUCAAUUCAACUGUGAGCCUGCUUAGCCUACUCACUAUUGGAGUUGUACAUGCUCUUUCCAGACAUAAUUAUCAUCUCUCUAAAUGCCAAUCGUCACGACUUCUUGCCAGCAGUUGGAUCCUUGUCGCAAUUUUACUUCUCGCAGAUUUCCUACUCGUACGAACCUCACGAUCGCUUAUAUUGGCCGUGCCGUUCCACCUGGCCCUACUUUCGGUCUUUUUGUUGCUCAACCUCAUCGUUCAUCCUUUGAAUCUCCUCCUGUUGAGCAGAAGUCGCUUGCAAUCUCAAGAACCUGAGCGUGUACGGAUGCUUGAAGAAUCGGCGACAGCAGCACUUUGGUUGUUACUCAACAGCUUAUCAUUCAUUAUCAUACUUAUGAUGGUUUUGUGGGAGUCGAAGAAAAGCAGCAAAGAAGUUGACUCGAUCAUGGGAAUAGAAAUGGCUGCUUACUCUGUACAUUGCAUCGCAAAUCCACUUAUAGCAGUCAUCCGCGAUAGAAGAUUAGAGAGCACACUAGCACAUAUACUUAUGCGGAAUAAGCGACAGACUCCGGAUGAGGAACUGAUAGUGGCAUUAAUGAGAGAUCCACCGCCACCGUAUUCGACAUGA